GGUUUGCACGCUUAAUCGGCUGAGAGGGAUAAAUAGCAAGCGAGGGGCAGGUCUUUUGUUUUUUUCAUUCCUCGGUGUGGAGGCACGCUGCGAGGAAACGCCGACAUUUGUUUUUAAUGGUUGACAUGAUGACGACAUCGCCGUGGGACCUGUGGUACUCCACAAGCUGCUGUCUAUGCUGUCAUGUCCGCACUGGAACCUUCAUUUUGGGGGUCUGGUACAUGCUCAUCAACGCUGUGGUGUUACUCAUCCUGCUCACAGCACUCAGUGAUCCAGAGAAGUACCACCUGACCAGCGCCGAGUUAGCUAAUGAUUUAGAUGUGAUGGAUGAUGCCAACAUGUGCAUUGCCUCAGCUAUCUCUCUGCUGAUGAUACUCAUAUGUGGGAUGGCAACAUAUGGUGCAUACAAGUUGCGUGCCGCCUGGAUCAUCCCAUUUUUUUGCUACCAGAUCUUUGACUUUGCACUCAACACACUGGUCGCUGUAAGCAUUGUGGUUUAUCCAAACACGAUACAAGAUUACCUGCAGCAAUUGCCUGACAAUUUCCCUUACAAAGAUGAGAUUGCUGCCCUGAGUAACGUGUGUUUGGUUCUCAUUGUGCUGAUAUUCAUCAGCUGUAUUUUGGGCUUUAAGCUUUACCUGAUAGCCUGCGUGUGGAACUGCUACAGAUAUGUGUGCAGCCGCGGCACUGCUGAAAUCCUGCUCUAUGUCACAACCAAUGACACAACGGUCCUGCUUCCUCCCUCUGAAGACGGUCUGGGUGUUCCUAAUAAACAGGGUGCUCCUCUGUCCUCAUCCACAAUGACAGCAUGAGAACAUUUCAAAGCACUUCCUGGCACCUGAUCUUAAAACAAUUCAUGUGCGCACCACACUGCCUCUCCGUUGUCCCUUACGCUCAUGUUGUUCAUCAACACACAUUUUUAGGAACAGUCAUCACACACACCUAUAUUUUAAACUACACAUGCACACAACAUACCCGAAGCGUGAACGAACCCCUACUUUUGUUUGUAAUGAACCCUUUUAUGCAUGAAUUAUGAUUUUUUUUUUCUCAAAUGUUUUUAUUACAAUAAUAUAGGACAAGGGUCUCAAAUAUGUGGGCCAGUUGCAGCCCACGGGACAAUAUUUUACGGCCCCCCAUCCAGUUGGAGUAUUGGUGUUGCCCGCACGCAUUUUGCCAUAGGCAAUUAAAAAAACAACAACUAUAUAAAUAAUUUUAAAUAAAAUGAAUUAAUUUAAGGGUCAAUUUUUGGGGGGGCAAAAAACAAAUAUUUAAAUAGUAAUAAGGUAAUACAAAGAGUGCAAUUUAAAUAGAACACAUUGGUAAUUAAAAAGAAAUCUAAAAUCUAAUUUAAAAAAGGAAAAAUGUUGAAUAAAUUGGAAAAAGGAAGAAAAAACUACCAUAUUUUGCAUACUGUAAGGUGCACCGCAUUAUAAGGUGCACUAAUAGUAGUAGUAGAGGUAGUAGUAGUGGUUGGGAUUGCGUUAUGCAUCCACUAAUGGAGCUACGCUCAGCGAAUGUCAUGCCAUGCUGAACCAAUAAUGAUCAAUAGAUAAGGCACAUAGGAUUAUAAGGCGCACUGUCUGAUUUUGAGAAAAAUUGAAGGCUUUUAGGAGCACCUUUUAGUAAGGAAAAUGCGGUAAGUGCUUUUUUAUUUAAAUAUUGUUUUAGAAAUAUCUUGUGACACACAAAGCUUAAAUACUUGACUCCUGUUGACGGGAAGAAAAAAGUAACAUAUUUCCCACACUAUAAGGCGCACCGGAUUAUAAGGCGCACUAAUACCAGUAGUAGUAGUACUAGUAGUGGUUUGGGUUGCGUUAUGCAUCCACUAGAUAGAGCUGCUCUAAUAGAAUGUCAUGCCGUGAUGAACCAAUAUUGAUCAAUACAUAAGAGGCACUGUCUGAUUUUGAGAAAAUUGAAGGCUUUUAGGUGUGCCUUUUAGUACGGAAAAUAUGUUUUUGUUUUUUUAAUUUUGUUUUAUAAACCUCUUGUGACCACACAAAGUUUAAAUCACUGACGCCAAUAGAGCGAUCUCUUCCAGCCCCUCCAAUUUGAAAUGGAUUAGGCUUCUACUGUCAAUAGGUGUUUUCAAUAUCAAUUUCCCUCUUUUACUAACUACCACAACACGUACUCUGUGAGCUGGACUGGCAGUGAUUGAGUUAAGAUAAUGCAAAAAAAUCGUGAAGUCGAUGGAUAAUGAUAACCUUUCACCAUUGUCCCUCAAAUGGUUAAUCCUAUAUAUGCUUGAACUCCGUCCAAUUUAAAGAAUUCCCGAGAUGGUUUUAUGCAUUCAAUAUUGGUAUUGAAGCAGCAGAAUAUUGAUACAUGAGAUAUAUAUAUAUUUUUAUCAAUGCUAUGUUUGCUCUUUGUGUGACUUUCAUAUUCAAAUGGUAAGUAAUUAAUGAGUGGGAAGUUGACUUGUGUUUGUCCCAUCUUUGCUCACAAUCAGGCUAAGAUGCCUUCAUUUAUACUGUCGUGUUCUCUCUGAUGAGCUACACCAGAACAUUGUGUUUUAAAAUCAUCCUAAUCUUAAUGUUGUCGUGGGUGAUUAUGCCUUUCUGCUGCUGUGAAAAAAGACAACAACUGUGAAUUAGAGGUCGACCAAUAUGGGAUUUUCAGAUGCCGAUACCGAUAUCUAAAAAAAAAAUUCAGCCGAUUGCAAUUUCCAAAGCCAAUUUUGAAAGCCGAUAUUUGAGGCCGAUAUACUUUUUUUUUAAGCACGUAGAUUAUGAAAGGCAUUUUUUAAAAAAGUUGCUUCAACAGCUUCAAAUUUGUUAUGACCUGAGACAUAAAGGAUAAAUUUGGUUUAGUGCUAUGAAACCAACGAUAGCAGCACUUCUUUUUAUGAUUAAACACAUUCAGCAAGAACAGUACAUUAUUUUCAAAUAAGUAAACCCGCCAGAACGUCACAGCGAGAUGUAAACUAGUGAGAGUUUAAGAGAAUGCGCGCCAAGCGAAAGCUAAUGCAAAUGCUAUGCUAAUGCUAUGAGCUACAUUUAAAGUUUAAGGAUCACUCAGUAACCACCUUAAAAGGUUAAAGCAAAUAUAUUGACAAAACAGGCAGGCUUGAAGCUUCCAAUAACAGCCUGCCUUCAAGCUGUUGCAGGGUCCUUUCGGGGUCCUACCGUCAGUCCGAUAUCGGCCAGUCGAUAUAUCGGUCGACCUCUACUGUAAAUGAUAAGUAUUUGUUUUUGGAGUGAUUGGAAAUCCAUUCACAGAUUUCAUACUGUAAAGUUACUCAUGGGACUCCAAAGACCUCAUCGGGUCAAAUGACUAUCUACCUAAUCUGUGUAUUUUUCAAUUAAGAGCGAAUGUUCUGCUACAUGGAUCCGUUUUCGGCCCUGUUGGGAUGUGCAAUCAAAGUGAAGAAUUGGUGUUUUCUUGUGCAUUAAACUCAAAGUGAGAUUUCA